CUUAAACUUGUGGGGUCUGUGUUCUCUAUUAUCUUCCUCGUUACAGAUAUGAAGGUUGCCUAUGCAUCGUUCUCCGUCAUUGUUGCAGUUGCUAUCAUUGCAUCCCUUGGCAGGCCUAUCUGGUGCCAGACUUGUGGUACAGAGGCUUAUGGAGGUUCACCAUCUGUGGACUUUUAUGUAACAACGCCUGACAAAUCGCCUCAUACACCUGAAAUGAAACACUUGGACAAAGCAGUCACCGUACAGCUCGGCUCGAAUGUAACAUUGGUAUGCACUGCAAAAAUGCCGUUGGGAUUCCCACCAUAUCUUCGCUCCUAUUUGGAGCCUAAUCUGAUCAAGUUGUUCGUAAACUACUCCUUCAUUCGCGAAUUCAACUGUGAUAAAAAGCCUCGCAGGGUCAAAACGUGCUCUUUGUCGCUCGUGAAUGUGAAACCAGGAGACAAAGGCAAGUACUUCUGCCAGGCAGUCAAUGAACUGGGAUGUACCUACAAACAGCUGAAAGUCGCCAUCACUGGUGGUGAACAAGAAGGGCAGGAGCCUGGAAUUCGCCAAGGCCGGAAAAACAUUCUGAGCAAAUUCAAGCGAAGUUUGGCAUGAAACGCUUUUGUUCCACCUGUGUAUUUUAAACUCUCAUUGUAAAAGGAAUAUAGGAAAUCUUCUUGUAAAGAAAUGCUAGUUUUCCAGGAUUUUUUCCUUUUUAUCUAGUAUCACACUCCUUUUCAAAGAAUUACCUUGGCGCACGAAAACGAAUGUUUCGUUUUCGUGCGCUAACAAAUUAUCUCUCGCCAUUUGACUCUUUGCAGAUUGUUAUGAGUCACUAUUUUUUAAAUAAGUAGCAGCUGCCAGCUUUCCAAGAAUAAACAGAAUAAAGGAAAAAUCAACCGUAAUUUAUGAGCCUUAACCUAGACCUUAUUUGGAGAAAUUGACAAUGUCUCGAUCAUCGUCUUUAAUAAGUAAACAUUUUACGAAAACUUCGGUUCAGUAAGAGUUUCCUUUCAAGGGCCACUAAAUAUUGCUUACUUAGGUGUAAAAACUGUGAUUUAACCAAGGAGUGAACUGAUUAAAAUAUUUCAUUACAAGUUACACACCAUGUCAUCAUGUGCAUUUCCCUGGUUUACAUUGGCACCUGUCUUUUCUCAAGAUUCUCCACAUUUGCGCAACUACGUAAUUUUUCACCGAAAGUGAACGGAUCAACUUGAAUUUUAUUAGCUGAUGUUUUAUACGAUUUACAACUAAUUAAAGCUUGGUGAUUACUUACUCUGCGAAAAUGCAAUGAUACACGAGUUGUCAAUUGCUAUAGAAAAGUAACUCAGCACUGCACCAAAGAAAAGUGAAAAGUUUAUUAACAGGAGAAAUAAAAGAUAAAAAAUAUUCCGAUUUCUCUGAUUUUACCUAUCCAAUUUUGAAUCAGUUUACAGUCUUGAAUUUUCUUUCUAUUGUUAUAAUAGUUUUAGCCUAAAUUUCC